AUGAAUCUUCUUCCAAAAUAUGAUGGAACUAUUCAUCCAGAUGAAUGGCUGAGACAAAUUAAAACACAAUGCAUGAUUCAUAUUAAUAAUAACCAUUAUUAUUCUAAUCUUGAAAACAUGACUCUUGAAGUUGCAAAAUCAUUAGUGGAUCCGUCAAUUAAUGUUAAUAAUGUAAGAAGUAAUGAUCAAUUACUCACCACACUUAAAAAUAAUGUUUUAUUUAAAAUUUUUCUUAAAUCAAGUAAACAAAAAUUGCGUGAUUUAAGUUAUAAAUUUAAUACAUGUGGUGACGAAGCCGAAAGUACUUUAGAAUUUCUUGUUAAAUUCAAAAAACUUUGUGAUAAUGCUGAAAUUAUUAAUAUUGAUGAUCAAAAAUUUUAUCUUAUUCAUACCUUGGAUAUUAUAUAUCAAUAUAAAUUUUCUGAAAAAAUCAUUAAUAUUAAUACAUUUGAUGAAUUAUUAACAUCUUUUCAAGAUUUUAUAAUUGAUCAAAAAUGUAGUAUUCGUAGUUCUUCUAUUGUUAUAAUUAAACAUGUAGCUACUGGAAAAUAUUUAUCAUCAAAUAAUUGUCCAAAUGGUAGAUAUGGAUACGUGGUAACAUUAUCCAAUAAUCAAUCUGACCCAUCUUGUCAAUGGCAAAUUAUUGGUCAAAGUCUUAAUGACGAGAUUCAUUAUGGAAAUAAAAUUCGAUUAAAAAGUCCAGCGACAAAUCAAUAUUUAAGUUCCACGAAUGGAUGUAAAUCUCCAGCAACAAAUCAUCAUCUAGUAUAUUCCUAUGGUUCCAUAUUUAAUUGGAUUGUGCAAUUUGGUAACUCUGUAGAUUAUAAUGGAAUGUGGAAAUUAAAUGAUAAAUUUUCGUUAUUGUGCGAAAUUGGGAGCGCAAAGUCGUUAUUAAGAGCUCAUGAUUUUCAUUUCAAUAUAGGAAAUAAAAAUUUUCAAGAAGUUGUUUGUCAUAACGAAAGAUUUGGUGGAAAUGAUGAAUGGUGUAUUGAAUUUUUUUGA